AGCAUAUAAUCUCCUGGGUUUCCUCUUCUUCUCGACUCGACGAACGUUUCCAUUCCUCCCUCUCUCUCUCUAGAUCGAUUUCACUGCAAUUUACUUCUCUAAGGUCUCCCCAUUUUUCUCCUUUCCUUCAUACUCGGUUCCAUGGCGACGUCUCUGUGAGCAAUGGCGGCGAGCUCCACUGUGGCUCUCGUUGAUUUCCGGUCCCGGAGAUUCGCCGUCGCCGGCGGGGGUCAUGGAUUGCGGACGACGAAGUGGAUGAGGAGGCUCCUGUGGUUCGACGGGGAUUUCUCCCUCCAAACCAAGCGGCUGAGCUGCCGCUGCGCCGAUUCCAUGGUGCCGAUCCGCCGCCGCGGCGGGCGUGGGACCGGGGGCGAGAAGGUGGAUGAGUGGCGAUUCGAUCAGAAAACGAGCUCUCGUGGCGCCGGAAUCAAAACUUCGUCCCUUGCAAUGCCAUUUGCGUCUCCGAAGUCUCGAUUCGUAUCCAAGCAAGAAAAGUUUUAUCCUCGUUGUACUCCAAGAAAUACCGGCCCUCAGUCGCGUGAUACUCCACCAAAAAGAGACACCGGGAUUGCAAAUGAAAAGGAUUGGGGCAUCGAUUUGUUAAAUGAAAACGUGAACGAGUCCGGCACUAACGAAGACGGCAGCACUUGGUAUAGAGAAAGUGGGCAGGACUUGGGAGAGAACGGGUUCAGAUGUAGGUGGACAAGGAUGGGAGGUCGAUCCCACGAUGGCUCUACGGAGUGGACAGAAACGUGGUGGGAGAAAAGUGACUGGAGCGGAUACAAAGAGCUAGGUGUGGAGAAAUCUGGUCGAAAUGCUGAGGGUGAUUCUUGGUGGGAGACAUGGCAAGAAGUCCUUCAUCAAGACGAAUGGAGUAAUUUGGCAAGGAUAGAGAGAAGUGCUCAGAAGCAAGCAAAAUCAGGAACCGAAAAUGCUGGUUGGUACGAGAAAUGGUGGGAGAAGUAUGAUGCUAAAGGCUGGACAGAGAAAGGAGCGCAUAAAUACGGUAGACUGAAUGAACAGUCAUGGUGGGAGAAGUGGGGAGAGCAUUUCGACGGAAGAGGAUCUGUUCUCAAAUGGACAGACAAGUGGGCGGAGACCGAGCUGGGAACCAAAUGGGGGGACAAGUGGGAAGAUAAAUUCUUUGCCGGGAUAGGUUCACGCCAGGGUGAGACAUGGCACGUAUCACCCAGCGGCGAACGCUGGUCCAGGACUUGGGGGGAGGAACACUUUGGAAACGGGAAGGUUCACAAGUACGGGAAGAGCACGACGGGGGAAAGCUGGGAUAUAGUUGUGGAUGAAGAAACAUACUACGAGGCUGAGCCUCAUUACGGGUGGGCAGACGUUGUGGGCGAUUCGACACAGUUGCUAUCGAUCCAACCCCGGGAGAGGCCGCCCGGUGUAUUCCCAAACCUCGAGUUUGGGCCGUCUCCGCCUCCUGAGCCAGACCAACCACGGCCCGAGCCACCCCAGCAAUGACACGGGGGUUUGGUUAGUUAUAUAUUAGCUCCAUGGCUUUCGGCUUUGUGCUCUGUUUUUGGCCAUUUGAUAAUUCUUUGAAGUUGGGUCAUCGAACUCCGAAGAGAGAAUGCUGUGAAUUUAUGGUUUUCUAUUUUGAGUUUUUCAUUCUCUCCGUCUUGUGUGUUAAUGUUAUCAUAUCAGUUGAAAAAGACCGGUUAGAUUUUUCAUGAAUUCCUUACGCUCGAAGGAAACAUGUAUGUCUUUCCUGUU